AUGGCGACUUCCAGCAACAGUGAUUAUGAUUAUGAUUAUUCCUCUAGCUCUUCUGACGAGUAUUCCAAGGUUCCAGAGGUGAAGAUUUCUGCAGCAGAAUCCCGUGCCAAGAUGGACCAAUCAUUGAAGAAGGCUAAGGAAGUCAUAAACGGCAUGUCUCUUGAUCAGCUGAAGACUGCCUGUGAUAGAUUCUCGAAGAGGAUAGCCGAGGAUGAGAUAGUAGCUGAGUAUCGGGGGAAGAGGCUUCAAAUUCAGCGCAGACGGUUAGCCGCCAAGGAGAAGCUUCUAUCUCGUCCUGAUGGUGUAGCUUCGGAUUCAGAUGCUGAAGAAGAAGAACCUGUAUGGGAGCCAAGGGAACACAAAGUUAAGCCACACCCUCUUACCAGGGAGAUUGAACAAUUAGUUGAGGCCGAUCUUAAAGCUGAACGCGAAAAAGAAGAAUACUGGGACGCAAUGUACAGCAAUCCUGAUGAGAAAGAGGACUUUGGUGAAGAUUCUAACAGUGAUUCUGAGGAAGAGCUUGAAGAGGAUCCUAUGGAGGACGAUGAUGGUGAUGACGAGUCCGACGAAUCUGACGAUUAG